AGACACGAUUUGCCGAAUCUUAUUUUCAUCGGAUCUGGAAAAACCGAAUGUUGUAUUCACACAGCACAUCUUGUUUGGCCGUAUCCGACGGCCUCGUAUCGGGAUCUCGUGUGAACUCACCAUCCGGCUUUUAUUAGCAAGAGCGCGCACAGUUCCUCACGUUGAUUUGGAAGCGAUGGACGUGAACAGUCUUGCUAUACUAUACUGGUAUUAUCGCCGUCAGCGUCGUAGAAAAAGAUUGUGGUUAAACCCAAUAGUACAAAGAAGAUCAACAGUUGGUGCCUUUACAACUCUAAUGCAGCAGUUAAGAAAUGAUCCACAAAAAUUUUUUAACUACUUUAGAAUGACUAUACCUACAUUUGAUAAUCUUUUGAAAAAAGUGGAAAAAGAUUUGAAAAAGCGUGAUACAAAUAUGAGGAAAAGCAUUAGACCAGAAGAAAAAUUAGCGAUAUGUAUAAGAUAUAUGGCUUCUGGGUGUUCAUACAAGGAUUUACAUUACGCCUACCGAGUCGGAGUGUCUACGAUCAGUAACAUUAUUAAGGAAGUAACGAAUGCUAUUUGGAACAAUUUGCAUGGGGAGUUUAUGACAUUACCCAACACAAUAUCUGACUGGGAAUAUAUCGCCAAUGGAUUUAAUACUAGAGCAAACUUUCCCCAUUGCAUUGGUGCAGUGGACGGUAAACAUAUUAGGAUAAAAAAGCCAAACAACAGUGGUUCCAUGUUUAUGAAUUACAAAGAUUUCUUUUCCAUCGUAUUAUUAGCAGUGGUUGAUUCAUAUUAUAAAUUUACAUACAUCUGUGUGGGCUCGUAUGGAAAAGAAUGCGAUUCGACAAUAUUCAAGGAGUGUACUUUUUGGAAAAAACUAAUAGAUGGUGAUUUGCAAUUACCGGCAGCAUGUCCACUGACAAACGAUUCCGAUUUAUCGAUUCCGUUUGUAGUAAUAGGCGAUGAAGGUUUUGGCUUGCAUCAACAUUUGAUGAGACCUUACGGCGGAAACCAUUUGGAUAGAAACAAAAGAAUAUAUAACUACAGAUUAACCAGAGCUCGACGCUAUGUUGAGUGCGCCUUUGGGAUAUUAGCUAACAAGUGGCGAAUAUUUCAUCGUCCACUGGAUGUUGAUACCAGCACAGCAAUAUCGAUUGUAAAGGCUUGCACUGUACUUCAUAAUUUUAUAAUAGAUAUGGAAGGUGUACAGUCGAACAUAGAAACAACAAGCAAUGUAUCAUCAGUGGUUAACGUGUUCACAGAUGCACCCAAUGAACAAAAUAGUACACGAGGUGGACGAUGUGCUAAUGUUAUACGAUCUGAAUUCACAAAUUAUUUUAUUUCUACAGCAGGAGCUGUGCCUUGGCAAGACGAAUCAAUCUAACGUUAAUUUUGUAACACACUGCUAAUGUACAAAUACUUAACUUGUUUACUUUAAAAAAUUACAAACUUACCAUAAUCCUGCCUGUUUUUCUCCUCCAUUUCUUCAAAAUCUUCAUUUAAAUUUAUACAUAUUUCUCGCCAGCCAGCAGUUCUCAAGUUUUUAUCCUUGUAUAUUUCGAGAGUUUUGUCCCAUAAAACUGGCCGAUUUUGGACAAGAGAAAUUAAAUUUUCAACGUUUAUAUUUUUCGUCGUCAUAGCGAGCGGUCAGUCAAAGCGGGCGAAAAGAACUGGCGACUGGCAAGCGCACGUGCAGUGUGUCCCUCCCGCCCACCCCUCCUUCCCAGCUUGUGCGACGCAUUCGGUUUCAAGAUCCGACAAAAAACCGAAUCUACCCCUGCGUGUAUCGUAUGAACGCAUCUAUUGAAUGCCCUAUACCACUGUAUCGGAUCUGCAUUUUGCAGUAUCGCCGGAUCGGUUUGUAGUCGCAAAAUCGGAUGUCAACUUCAGCAAGAUUCGGCUUUUUUGUCGUGUCUUGAAACCGAAUGCAUGUGUGAACUCCUUCAUUGAAAUACUUAUGCCACUAAACCGAAUCCUGCAAAAAACCGAUUCGGUAGCACGCCGUGUGAACGUGGCGUAAGAUUAGGUCGACUAGUUUUAUCACUCCUUCCUCCUUGGUGUGGAAAUAGGUGAACUUUUGAAAUUUGGAGACAAAGGAUCUCGUGAACAGACCUUGGAUCACUGCUAAUUUUCUUGUGAAGCAGCAAAUCUCAGAUGGCUGCUAGGCGUCUUCGACAGCUCAUAGAAAGCCCACCAAUAUAUACACAACACAUAUUAUAGUUAAUAGUAAAUCACUGAUUUAGAAAUAUUUAAGAAGCGCGCGAGCCAAUCAUGCGUAACUAUCACGCGGCGUACUUUGACUGGUUCAAUCGAGCGUCUUGCUUUGCGGGUUGCAAUUGUGUCUCUCUCUCACGAGAAUAAGGAAUGGAAAAAGUAGGGAGACAAGUAUAUGUCUGUAAGGUGUUAAAUGUAUGGCGUUAACACUCCUUCCUUGGUAUCUUAAAUUAAAAUUUUUUCAUUCCUUACACGCCUUAUCAACCCUACAAAACUCAUCUUCCCACGACACGGUAAACACCUGCACUGACACCGAUAAAAUCGCGCGCACAGUCUCUUUUAAGAUGACCUUUGUCCCCGCACUUUUUACAUAUAUAACCCUUGUUAACGGCACUUAUCAAUUCCAUGAUUUCCUUGGUAAUUAUUAAUCACACCGCGUUCGCCAAAUGCUAUGUACUUGAAGAGAAAUUAAACAGCCGUUCAUAAGCCUCAAUAGCUCAACGGUAUGAGCGGUUGGAUUCAUCACCGAGGGAUGGUGGUUCAAUCCUCACCCCGUUGGUCUAUUGUCGUACGCACUCCUAGCACAGUCUUUACCGACUAGUUGGAGGGGAAUGGGAAUAUUGGUCAUAUUAUAAAAAAUAUGGCAAAUAUUCUUUAAAAAAAAAAUAAAGAUUAAAAAAAUACUGAAGUUCGAUGCGUUGCGCAGGCGCGUUACAAUCUAGCGGUGUGAAUGCAGUUUAAAUAAGUACGUAAUUUACACAUCAAUAUCAAAAAAGAGAUAGGAGAAAAUCAAGCAAGACGCAAACGAAAGUACCAGAUCUGCCCAUCACCUGCGUGAGAAAUAGUAAAUGUUAAAAACACAUAUUUCGCAGUAUGCAUUAAAUUGACCAUGACAAUGAGGCGUUCACAAACUUUUUGCAGAAUUACGAUUAUUACAGUUACGAUGAAUCUAAUAUUACAUUUAAACAAACUGGGGAAUAUCAAUGUUAUCUAUAAUUAAAAUUAUGCAGACAUCAUCUAACUUACUUGGAAUUAUGCGUAUUGGACUGUUGUUGCUUGGUGACUUUGUUUUUCAACUUGAUUAGUGGAAAUCGCUGACUUCAUGGUUUUUCUAGUCCAAUGUUUUUAAUCCACACAUGAGUAUCCAACCUCAUAUUAAUAGUAAGAAUAUUAAUGAUCAGCCUGUGUUUUUGGAUGACCCUGAAACCCCUUGAUUGUUUCACUUCACAAUCAGAUCCUUGUACUAAUGCAAUGUAGGCUCCUCUUUUAUGUGAUUCGAAGGAUAUCCUGCGUAGCCAAUUUUUUCCGCUGCAAAUUUGCCUGGACUAUCUGGAGUCUACCUGUAUAGUCCAGUCAUUUUAGGCCGCCAAAUUAGGUGCAUAUCUCGGAAAAUCGACAUACAGUUUUCAAAAUUCACAUAAAGUUGGAUGUUCGCAAGUUUUAAAGCCAAGGUCAAAGGUGGUGGUGGUGGUCACAGAAAUCGUUUUUUUUUUUGCAUUUUUUGUUUUUAGGUCACAGAAAUCGUUUUUUUUUGCAUUUAUACCUUGAACUGUUUCCGAGAUAGAGGGCGCGGUCAGACAAUUAUCUGAGGUCAAAUGGUAUCUCUAUCAAAAACUCAACUUUACUGAUACCUUCUAGCAGAAGCUCAUUUUGUCUUUUGGCUAAAAUGCAUGAUUAAGCUACCGUCAUAUCCUCCAACUUUGCCCUUUCCUCCUAACUUUGCCAGGGGAGUAAUUAUAAUUUUUAUUUACGAUAUCUGAGAAAAUGUAGCUUUUGAAUCUAUAGUUUCCAUUUUGGUAGAAAAUAUUGCUUUUUUAUGGCAACACUAAAUAAGCAUAACGUACAUAACCUCAAACAGUCGGCUGUCACAUGGUGGCAAAAGCGAUCGUGUUGUCGUGGAGCAAAUUUUAGUGAAAAAAACUUUGAAGUGAUCGCUAGGAAGAGAUUGAAAAUUAGGGAUGUCGGAAAUGCAAUAAAGUAUCGAUAUAUAUUGUAUCGAUAAUUUUUGAAUAUAUCAAUAUCGAUAUUGAUAUUUUUAUUUAAAAAUAUCGAUAUAUCGGUGUGAUUGGGAAAAAAAAAUAUUUGGCCUAAUCUACUUCAAUCAUCUUACAUUACUAGAUAAAUACUAAUCAAUAGACAUCAUUUUUAUUUUUUUUAAAUCAAGGACAACAAUAAAAAAUUUUAAUUAUUUAUUAAUCAAACCAAUAUUUAUCUGAUACAGACAUAAGAAAAACUCUUUGAUUUACAUGCUCGGCUGUAAGCCGACUUCUGUUAUUGGGUACUGCGAGAUUUACAGCAGAUGCCACUCUCUCUGAGGAAACCGAGGACGCAGGCGAUAUCAAAUACUUUAUUACUUUACUUUGUCGGAAAGGACUGGAGUAAAAUGACGACAAUCAAACCAGAAUUUUGUAGGAUUCUCUUUUCUGGGUAUUAUAGGCUGAUCUAGAUAUUGCUUUAGUUCGCUAGGCAUACCAUCACUGGUUGAAAGUAAACUGGAGGUUGCUGCAGCAAUAUCUAUCAUAAUUUUUUCAUGUCCGGACCACAACGACGGCGAAGAAUUUUCUGAAUUUGGAAUUAUGGUAGUGGUUGUGGGUCUGAGUUCAGGCGAAAGUUGUCCUCUACGUCUAUGUUCUAAACGUAUUUCUUUUGACAAUGCGGUUAUUGCAGUGGAAACAGUUAGUGCUGAAUUAAAAUGAAUACGCUUAAAGCGAGGGUCUAAAAUUGUUGCUAUAGCAAGAUGUAAAUGUCGCGGUGGUUUAGUUUGGCAAUAACUAAGUUUAGCAAACUCUUCUGAACAGCAACACCAAAUUCGGUGAAAGGUUUUACUUCUUCAAGUCCUUUCUGAAGUAAGUUUGCAAUGGGAAUCGCCAAACUAGAAGUCACGUACUGAUCGCCGCUAAUUUCUUCAGUAGCUUGCUUAAAUGGGGUAAGUAAUAUUAUCAGAUCUCGUAUGACACUUAACUCUGAAGAAGUUAUCAUAUCAGGUGCAUUCCGCCUGGUUGCUAAAAUCUUAGCCACAAUAGCUGAUAAUGUAUUGAAUCUUUCCAACAUAUCAAGACAAGAAUUCCACCUUGUGCUUACUGAUUGUAUAAGUGUUAACACUUCUCCCUCUUUCUUUUGUCCCUCUUGUUCUGCUCGCAAAUCGUCCAUUGCGUUCACAGAUUGUUUAAAAUAUGUAACAAUGGCUUUGACACGAUUGGCAAUUUGAAGAACUGGUGCAUUAUCUCUUGUUGCGCCAUCCACUAUUAAAU